AUGAACGCCCAGGCCGUUGCAAACAUCAUUUGGGCCAGCGCGAAGCUGUCAGAUUCUGGAGAUGACUCUCUGCUGGCCUUGCUGCCGGCGUUAAGUGGCAGGGUCCAAGAAGUGAAGCAGGAUAUAAACGCACAAGAGAUUGCAAACAUCAUUUGGGCCAGCGCGAAGCUGUCAGAUUCUGGAGAUGACUCUUUGCUGGCCUUGCUGCCGGCGUUAAGUGGCAGGGUCCAAGAAGUCAAUAUGAACGCCCAGGCCGUUGCAAACAUCAUUUGGGCCAGCGCAAAGCUGUCAGAUUCUGGAGAUGGCUCUCUGCUGGCCUUGCUGCCAACUCUGGCAGUGAGGGCGAAGGAGGUGCGUUCCCAGAUGAAGCCGCAAGCUAUUCACAUGAUCAGCUCUGCUUCCAAGCAGCUUUUGAAUACGUUGACAGACACCGACAUGUUGGAGGCCUGCCAGCGUCUCAGCAAGAUCUAG